CUCUCUCUCUCUCUCUGAGUUCGUUAGCAAAGCCAACCAAAAAAAACCUAAAAGCAAGGCGAGCCUCGGCAGUGAGAUCGAGAUGGAGAAAGCAAGCAAAGCAAAGGCAGAGGCAGCAAAAGGCGCCCACACCCACUGCCGCUGCCUGCUGCUGCUGCCCCCGGUAAAUUUAAAGAACCCCUCCAAUCAGAGCGAGGCAUCAUCGAUCCCCCUCCCUCUCAUCCUCUCCCUCUCCACCCUCCUCUCCUUCUCUCAUCGAUCCGGCCAAAAGCUACUCAAAUGUUAUCGAUCUCACCAAAAGAGAAGCAAAGAGAAAGAGAGCAUCAAAAGCACAAACACCAAGCCACUCACCACACCUCGCAAUUUACAUGGCUCCUACUAGGUUGUGUAGCUGCUACUAGCUAGCUCAGCUCGGCUCGGCUCGGCUCGCCAUUAAAAUCCCCUUGUUACCGCGCGUUGUUUGGUUGUACCGCGCCAUAUGUUGCCGCCUCCUCCUCGUCGCCGUUGCUUAGAUGGAUACGCUGUUUAGGUUGGUUAGCCUCCAAGCCGCCUCCGAGCAGCAGCAGCAGCAGCAGCAGUCGGCGUCCUACAACUCGAGGAGCACGACGUCGAGCGGGUCCAGGUCGUCGUCGCACCAGACGAACGCGUCCUACAGCUACUACCACCACAGCAGCAACAGCGGCGGCGGCGGCGGAGGCGGCGGAGGGUACUACUACGGCGGCCAGCAGCCGCCGCCGUCGCAGUACUACUACCUGGAGCCGUACCAAGAAGAAUGCGGCAACGCCCCACACCACCAGCUUUACAUGGAUGAAGACUUCUCCUCCUCGUCGUCGUCGAGGCACUUCCACCACGGCGCGCGGGUGCAGCAGCAGCAGCCGCCGGCGUCGUCCACGCCCACGGGGACGGCGCCGACGCCGCCGCUGUCGACCUCGUCCACCGCGGCGGGCGCCGGGCACGGCCUGUUCGAGGCGGCGGACCUGUCGUUCCCGCCGGACCUCAACCUCGACUUCUCGUCCCCGGCGUCGUCGUCCGGCGGCGGGACAGCGUCGUCGGGCGCGGUUGGGGGCGGCGGCGGCGGGAGGUGGGCUAGCCAGCUGCUGCUGGAGUGCGCGCGGUCGGUGGCCGCCCGCGACAGCCAGCGCGUGCAGCAGCUCAUGUGGAUGCUCAACGAGCUCGCGUCGCCGUACGGCGACGUGGAGCAGAAGCUGGCUUCCUACUUCUUGCAGGGGCUGUUCGCUCGGCUCACGGCGUCCGGGCCGCGCACGCUGCGCACGCUCGCCGCGGCGUCCGACCGGAACACGUCGUUCGACUCGACGCGGCGCACGGCGCUGCGGUUCCAGGAGCUCAGCCCCUGGUCCUCGUUUGGGCACGUCGCCGCCAAUGGCGCCAUCCUCGAGUCCUUCCUGGAGGUCGCCGCCGCGGCGUCGUCGGAGACGCAGCGGUUCCACAUCCUCGACCUGAGCAACACGUUCUGCACGCAGUGGCCGACGCUGCUGGAGGCGCUGGCCACGCGGUCCGCCGACGAGACGCCGCACCUCUCGAUCACCACCGUGGUGUCCGCCGCGCCGUCCGCGCCCACGGCGGCGGUGCAGCGCGUCAUGCGGGAGAUCGGGCAGCGCAUGGAGAAGUUCGCGCGGCUCAUGGGCGUGCCCUUCCGCUUCCGCGCCGUGCACCACUCCGGGGACCUCGCGGAGCUCGACCUCGACGCGCUCGACCUCCGCGAGGGCGGCGCCACCACCGCGCUCGCCGUCAACUGCGUCAACUCGCUGCGCGGCGUGGUUCCCGGCAGGGCCCGCCGGCGCGACGCGUUCGCGGCGUCGCUCCGCCGGCUGGACCCGCGGGUCGUCACCGUCGUCGAGGAGGAGGCGGACCUGGUGGCGUCCGAUCCCGACGCGUCGUCGGCGACGGAGGAAGGCGGCGACACGGAGGCGGCGUUCCUCAAGGUGUUCGGCGAGGGCUUGCGCUUCUUCUCGGCGUACAUGGAUUCGCUCGAGGAGAGCUUCCCCAAGACGAGCAACGAGAGGCUGGCAUUGGAGAGGGGAGCAGGGCGCGCCAUCGUCGACUUGGUCUCGUGCCCGGCGUCGGAGUCGAUGGAGCGGCGGGAGACGGCGGCGUCGUGGGCGCGGCGCAUGCGGUCGGCCGGGUUCUCUCCGGUGGCAUUCAGCGAGGACGUCGCCGACGACGUGCGAUCGCUGCUGCGCCGGUACAGGGAAGGGUGGUCGAUGCGCGAGGCCGGCACGGACGACUCGGCGGCCGGAGCCGGCGUCUUCCUCGCGUGGAAGGAGCAGCCUCUGGUGUGGGCAAGCGCGUGGCGGCCAUGAUCGGAUCGUCGUGAUCGAUGGAUCAAAGCUCACCGGUGAGUGGAACAGCAUGGAAGAAAAGAGCUCCAUAGCUAAGCAAGCACGCAUGCAUAUCCACCAUGCAUGGGGUAAGCUAGCAAGCUCUCUCGUGUGUGUCACGAUCGACAUUAAUGGCGGCUCACACAAAGGCAUGUAGGGUUUUGAAACAGCGUAGGAAGCUACAGAAAUGGAUCACGUACGUACGUACACAUUGGGUUGCAGCGAUCGAGGAGGGAGAUGAUAGUUUUAGUUCCUAGAUUUGCAUCCAUUUUUAUUCAUCGAUCGCCAACAAGUUCUUGGCGAGAAGAUGAUUUUGAUUUGCUUGCUUCCAUCUUCUUGUUUAUUUUUCCCCCUUUCGUUUGUGUUUCUUCUUAAUUUGUAAGGGUUAACGACAUUUUUCUUCACUCUGGAGAAAUUUUACGUGCAUGGUUUUUAUCAUGCGUACCUGCAUCGAUCUGAUCAUA